GUGUGGUGCAGUGGUUCGCGUUCAUGGCCUAAUAACCCAGAAUCCGCUAAAGCGCAGAGUUUUUACGUUUAUGAGGCCAAAAGGAGACUAAAGACAGCAGAUUCACACUGGUUUAACAUCACUGGGGCUGCGAAGGAUGGAAAUCGGGACGGAGAUAAGCAAGAAAAUACGGGCUGCUAUUAAAGGGAAGCUGCAGGAGCUGGGAGCGUAUAUAGAUGAGGAGCUUCCGGACUACAUCAUGGUGAUGGUGGCCAAUAAGAAGAACGCUCAGCAGAUGGCCGACGACCUGUCGCUGUUUCUAGGCAACAACACCAUCAAGUUCACAGUGUGGUUACACGGCGUUCUGGAGAAGCUGAGAUCAGCUGCGGUCGAGCCCUCCUCUCUCCGCCCUCAGCUCUUCCACUCCGACACCAGCGCAUCCUCUCGGGACGAGCUCAGAAGGGAGGAGUCUCGGGCUCUCGCCGUGUCCAGCUCGCGCUCCGAUAGGCUGGAGGGACGGGUCUCUAGCUCCGCCCACGAGCACCAUGGCAGGCGUGGUUCCUCUGAUAAGUCCUCCUCCAGAUUAACCUCUGCAGUGAAGCCUCUGGUCGAGCCCGUCUCCGCCGAGGCCGUCAUCGACAUCAAACCCGACCUGGACGACGACCUCAUCGCCGAGGACCCCUUGACCUCUGGCCCGCUGCGCUCUUUAACGGCCCGCUCCACGUCUGACAGGUCGCGGCAGCCCGGCGGCUCGUCUAAUCGCGGCUCAGAACGGAGCACAGACAGCUACAGGUCAUCAGAGGUCACAAGAGGUCAGGAAAGGUCGAGCUCAUCGUAUGGGCGGAGCUACAGAGAGGGAAGCAGCAAGGUGAGAAAUGAGGAGUUGUCGCGGAAACGGAAGGCUCCUGUCGCCAGCUCGGUGGUCCGGGUUCACCGGGGGCACGAGCGGGAUCAGGAGAGCGACGAGCAGGAGGAUGAUGAUGAAGAGGAGGAUUACGGCCUGCCCAGCCGAGUUUCACUGCCAUCCAAACCAGAGCGCAAGCCGACUCUACCUCCAGCCAAGCAGGCCAACAAGAACCUGAUCCUGAAGGCCAUCUCAGAGGCUCAGGAGUCCAUCAACAAGACCACCCCCGUGUACACAAUUCCCCAGCGACAGACGGUUCCCGUGGCACCGCGGACUCGUUUGGCGAGCGAUGAGAUGAACAGAGCCGCGAUCCGAUUGGUCCAGGAGCACCUGCACGCCCUCCUUCCUCAAGAGACGCAGGACAGCAGACACAGCGCUCAGUCGCGCUCUCUGGCGUCCCGGCUGCAACUGGAGCUUCCAGAGGAGGAGACCAGGGAGCAGACCAACGAUUUUGAGCUGCAGUUGUUCGAGGCGGCGCGGCUGAAGGCUCUGGACACUCGCUCCUUUAUCAUGAGGAAACCGGAGUUCGAGCAGCCUCAGCCAAUCAGAAGCAGGCUGGACACUGUCAUUCCGGAGGAAGCCCCGCCCUCUGCUCCACGCAUGGUCCAGACCAGAGAGAAAGCUGAAGCAGUAGGGGGAUCCAGUCCGAAGUUCAUCGUAACGUUAGAUGGAGUUCCGAGUCCACUGGCCAAUCUGACAGAGCAGGAGAUGGACGCUGAUGACUCUGCCCUCAAUAACACGACCUCUGACCUUUCAGCGAUGCGCAGACCCAAACAAGCAGUGCAGCUCAGCCUGAACACUGACCUCCCGUCUGAUGAUGGAGGGAUGGAGGGAAUGGAUGAGAUGGAGAUGGAGGUCGAACCUGUUCAGGCAAAACGACAGAAGGUUAUGGAGCGCUGCAGGUUUUGGCCCGCAUGCAAGAGUGGAGACGACUGCGUAUACCAUCACCCCACGACACAGUGCAAGACUUUUCCCAGCUGUGUGUUUGGAGAGAAGUGCCUGUUCAUCCAUCCAAACUGCAAAUACGACGCCAAGUGCUCCAAACCAGACUGUCCGUACACACACGUCAGCCGCAGAGCGCUCGUCCAGCCAGCCAGACCAGUACCGCCUCAGUCCAGUAGUGUGUGCCGUUUCUUUCCUGACUGUAAGAAGAUGGACUGCACCUUCUACCACCCGAAACCGUGUAGGUUUGCAGGGCACUGUAAACGUGCAGGAUGCACCUUCUACCAUCCAGCAACUUCUGUACCACCCAGACACGCGCUGAAGUGGACUAAAACACAAACAGGGUAAUCGGGAGCGCAGAGGAGCUCCAUCGUUUUCCUUUUCCCGCGAGCCUGAACGUUCCUGCACCGUUUCGGCUGAGCCUCAGGACUUCCUCUUUCUUUUAUCACACGGUCAUCCUGGUUUUACUUUGUUUUUUGGUUGUAUUUUGGAUUUUUAAAGAGCUGGGACUGCCUUUUUGUAACUUCCUGAACUCUUUAGAGAACGUCGUUAGUGCAUUAAAUGACUGUCCCGCUGA